AUGACACAAUAUGGUUUUCUCGAUGGUUGGAGUUAUGCUAUUGGAAUUCGGAUUGAAAGAAUAAAUGAAAUUAUAUCAAAAUUAUUAGAACAUAAUCCAGUAGAAAUUCAUCAAACGACUAUUGACACAUCCACAUACAAAGGUUCAUUCAUCGUAAAUAAAGUGUAUUUAAGCAUUGACAAUGAAACUCAUCUAUUAUGUGUUCAAUUGAAUAUUAAUUGUAAUAUUCAUGUUGAAACAUUAUUUGAAGCACAGGACUAUGAUUUAAAUGAAAAAACAGUAAAUAUAAUGACUAAUCUUUCAUCUUAUACUAUUGUUCAAACACAUAAUGGUUCAACAUAUAAUUUCAAUCUCAAUAUUCCGAAUAUGGAUAAUUUUUCCAUUACAUUUGAAUGUGAUGAAAUUGAUUCAACAAUUACAGUACAAUUAAUAAAUAAUGUAUUUAAACAAUUUUAUAAUGAAAAAGUGAAACAAAACAAAAUUCAUAUUCGUACAUGUAACAUUAAUCUACCAAUUGAAAUUAUAUCUUAUAUACCUGAUUAUGCUGAAUUUUCUUAUAUAAAAGAUCAAGAUUGUUUAGUACUUUUAUUUUCUAAUAAUGGUCAACCAGAUUUCCAUGUAACUCGUUUAUUAGAUAACAAUAUGUUACCAUCGAAUAGUGACAUAUUCAUUCAUGUUAAUCAUGAUAUGACUGUUGGUAUAAUAGCUGCUGUUGUUGAAAAUAAACUAAAAAUAUCAAUGGGAAAACAACAACGAUAUGAUGGAAAUUGUGAUUUAAAAUAUAAUUUAUAUGAGGGAAGUGUAAAUAAUAUAGCUCCUGGCAGAAAUAUUGCAUAUACAAAUGGAAAUUAUUGUCAUUUUUGGAAUAUUGAUAAUAGUCCAUCGAUAGAUUACAGUUAUAUUGAUGUUUAUAAUCAUAGAGCUACAGUUUAUUUACGUUUGAAAAUAAAACCAUAUUGUUUAUAUAAUGGUUAUGUUUGGACAACAAUUCCAUUUUAUUUUAAAAUUAAUUCACAAAAUGAUAAACAAUUUAUAUUACAACAUGAUAAACUUAUAACGGAUUUUGAAAUUCAUGGUCCAAUUGAUUUAGAUUGGUUUCCAAUUAAUAUAAUAAUGAAGAAAAUAAUAAAUAAAGUUAUCAAUGAUAAUUUACCAAUUUUUAAUUCAGAUAAAUUACUUGCUACUUUAGAAAGUGAUGAUGACGACGAUAAACUAGAGAUUCAUUUUACUAAAAUAGAUUUUACUGAUCAAGGAAACUUUGUAAUUGGUCUAAAACUAAACUUUUUAUCAGUUAAGAAGAUUUUAUAA